AUGAGCUACCCAGAUGCUAGGUACACGUCACCAAUCGUUUAUUAUCCAAGAUCGAAAUAUGACAUUCAACGGAUAUUCACUGGACAUCAAAAUACUAUUCGAGAUUCCUAUUGGAACGCUGAAAAAGAAAUCCACGAUUGGCGUAACAGUUUGAUACAACAAAUAGACAAUCAUGUGCACUCACAAAAACAAGUUUUACUUGAAAUAUAUGAAAAGCAGAAAAAGUCUUUAGAUUCUAUUUAUGAGCAAUUUCUAGCAAGUUUCGAACAUUUAGCGAAAGAUAGUGCUACAGAAAUUGAACGAUUGUUCGACAAAUGUCAAAACCUGAAAGUGAAGUUAGUCGAGUUCAACUAUCAGUCACGCGACAUUCAAUUUAUUGAUGUUGUGCAGGUGGAUUUACAGAAAAUGAUUAAUCCACAAGAAACUACUACGAACGAAACACAAAGGUAUCGGUCUGAGAUUAACACAACACGAACUAAUACGACCUCGGCUUUAGCAUCUACAUCUAGAGAUGAAUCAAAUCGACAAUCAACGAGCCACACUGAAGGAUCUCCUAAUCGAUUAUCCAGCUAUAAUGCGACGAAUAUGGUUGUGUCGGACGGUAAAUGUCCAACAUGCUACAUGAUAUUUCCAACGAUAAUGUCAGACAGGGAACGUGAAAACCACAUAAACGAACAUUAUGACGGCUUUCAACAUAAUUAA